AUGAGUGGCCGAGCACGCGCGCGCGCCAGGGGCCAGCUCCGCAGCCCAAGCCCGGGUGAGGUGGGGCCGCUCCAGGUGGAAGCACCGGGUCCUUCCACCAACCUUCAUGAGCAGCAGUCUGAGGGGGCCCCAACCACCGACCCCCAGGGAGGCCCUGGGCCAGCACUGAGAGCUGGAGAGGGCCUGGUGGAGGGUGCUGGAGGCAGGAAACUCAGACGACACUCCCUGGACCUGGCUGUCCACACUCGAGAGAGAUUGGCCCACGUGAGGGACAGCAAAGCAGGCUGCAGUGGAGUGCCGGUGAAGCUGGUCGCCAACUUCUUUAGCCUAGAACUGCCACAGGACUGGCAGCUCUUCCAGUACCACGUGACCUUCCACCCUGAUGUCGAAUCCCGAAGGCUGAGAACGGCUCUGCUCUAUGGUCACAGCCAACUCUCCAGCAGAGCCAAAGCGUUUGAUGGGGUCAUCCUUUUUCUCUCACAAGAGCUAGAAGAGAAGGUCACGGAGCUGUCCAGUGUGACCCAGAGGGGUGAGACUGUGCAGAUGACCCUGACGCUGACAAGGCAGCUGCCGGCCAGCUCCCCUGUGUGCAUGCAGGUGUUCAACCUCAUCUUCCGAAAGAUUUUAAGGAAGUUGUCCCUGUACCAGAUUGGACGGAACUUCUAUAACCCUUCCCAGCCCGUGGAAAUUCCCCAGCACAAAUUGUCCCUUUGGCCGGGGUUUGCCAUUUCUGUUUCGCAGUUUGAAAACAGCCUCCUGCUUCAUGCGGAUGUAUGUUACAAGAUUCUCCGGAAUGAGACUGUUCUGGAACUCAUGGCUGAGCUUUGCCACCGGGACGACGGGCCCUGCUUCACCCAGGCCUGUGAGGAGCAGCUGAUCGGGCUGGUUGUGCUGACCAGGUACAAUAACAGGACCUACCGCGUGGACGACAUUGACUGGUCCGUGAAGCCCACGCACACCUUCCAGAAGCGGGAUGGCACUCGGCUCAGUUACAUGGAGUACUACAAGCAGCAAUAUGACAUUACCGUGUCUGACCUCGGUCAGCCCAUGUUGGUCAGUCAGCUGAGACACAAGGGGAGCGCUGAGGUGCGGCUGGUCCACCUGCUCCCCGAGCUGUGCUUCCUCACAGGGCUGAGCAGCCGGGCCGGCUCCGACUUCCCCCUGAUGAAAGCUGUCGCUGAGGAGAUGCGUCUGGGCCCCAUGGGGAGGCAACAGCGCCUGGCCCAGCUGGCUGAUGACAUCCAGAGAAACAAGGACACUCGCUUUGAGCUGGAGACGUGGGGGCUGCACCUUGGAUGCCAGCUGUCCGUGACAGGCCGGGUGGUGCCCACAGAGAAGAUGAUCCUGCAGGACCGCAUAUGUCAGCCUGCAUCUGCUGCCGAUUGGUCCAAGGAUGUGCAAAUGUGCAAGCUUUUAAGCACAAAGUCUUUAAAUAACUGGUUGAUUCUGUGCAGCGACAGAAUUGAGUGUGUGACUGAGAGUUUCCUUGGCUGCUUGAGAAGAGCUGGAAGUUCCAUGGGCUUUAACAUCCAACACCCCAAAAUCAUAAAAAUACAAGAAAAUCCAGCUGCAUUCCUAAGAGCUAUCCAGAGACAUUUUGACCCCAAUAUUCAGUUGGUGAUGUGCAUCCUGCCAUCCAACAACAAGAGCUACUACGACUCCAUUAAGAAAUACCUGAGCUCUGACUGCCCGGUGCCCAGCCAGUGUGUACGUGCACGGACCCUGCACAGGCCUGGCAUGCUGAUGAGCGUGGCUACCAAGGUGGCCUUGCAGCUGACCUGCAAACUGGGAGGAGAGCUGUGGGCUGUGGAGAUCCCUUUAAAGUCGCUGAUGGUGGUCGGCAUUGCUCUCUGUAAAGACGCAUUCAGCACCGGGAUGAUGGUGGUUGGAUUUGUAGCCAGCAUGAAUCCUGGAAUCACCAGGUGGUUUUCCCGCUGCAUCCUUCAGAGGACCAUGACUGAGGUUGCAGACUGCCUAAAAGCAUUCAUGAGUGGAGCGCUCAACAAGUGGUAUGAGGCCAACCACAUCUUGCCAGCACGGAUCAUCGUGUAUCGCAGCGGAGUAGGGGAUGGUCAGCUGCAGACCCUGAUUGACUACGAGCUCCCCCAGCUGCUGAGCAGCGUGACCGCAUCGGGCUCACAGGCCAGCCCCAGGCUCUCGGUGGUGGUGGUGAGGACCAAGUGUUCCGCACGCUUCUUUACUGAGAUGAGUCACACCGUUCAGAACCCUCCACUCGGCACCGUUGUGGAUUCAGAGGCAACACGUCCAAACUGGUACGACUUUUACCUGGUCAGCCAAGCGGCCCACCGAGGGACUGUCAGCCCCACCUACUACAACGUUAUCUACGAUGACAACGGCUUGAAGCCAGACCACAUGCAGAGGCUCACGUUCAAACUGUGCCACCUGUACUACAACUGGCCGGGGCUGGUCCGGAUGCCGGCGCCCUGCCAGUACGCACACAAGCUGACCUUCCUGGUGGCACAGAGCAUCCAUAAGGAGCCCAGCUUGGAACUGGCCAAUUCCCUUUUCUACCUGUGA